CACGAUUAGAACACCACCAACACAAUAAUAGCCAAUUCCUCAAUUUGCCCAACAUAUUCCCAUCCAAUAUUGCACCUAAGCUAACAUUCAUCAAACUUCGGUCAACAAGAAGAGGGAACAAACACAAUCACCUCACUACAAUGUCUCAAUCCAACCACGAACCAAACUCUCAACCGCCAUCCCCCUCCCCUCUCCUCCUCUCCCUCGCAAAAUCCUACCCCCACGAUCCAGCCCACUUACACAAAGUCCUCCUCCCGCAACUAACCCACCGCCUCCGCCUCGCCUCCCUCUGGUCCAUCGCGCCCGGAGCCCGCGUCCUGGACAUCGGCUGCGGCCAAGGGGACUCCGCUCUCGUCCUCUCCCACGCCGUAGCCUCGCUCUCCAUCACCGCUGAUGGUGAGACCGACGUCAGUCCGGGCCCGGGCCCGGCCGGCCACAUCACGGCCCUAGACCCGGCCCCCGGCGACUACGGCAGCCCCUACACCCUCGCCCAAUCCCAAUCCCACAUCUCCUCCUCCCCUUACGGCGCAGCAAUCACCUUCCACCAGUCCGACGCGCCGACCUACCUCGCAUCGCACCCUUCUUCGACCUUUGAUGCCGCCACGCUCUGUCAUUCGCUGUGGUACUUCCCCUCCGGUGCCGCAAUCUCCUCCCUCUUCGAGGCCCUCUACACGUCCAACGUCUCCAGGCUCUGUUUCGCAGAAUACGCCCUCGAAGCUCGGACUCCCGCGCAGAAACCGCACGAACUGGCCGUCGCGGCGCAGAAGCGGUUUUAUGCGCUGCGGGCUGGCGCGGAGAAGGGGUUUAGUCUGGACCAGGGGAACGUCCGCGGCGCGCUUGCGCCCGAGGAGAUUGUGAAGUUGGCGGAGGGGGCUGGGUGGAAGGUGAGGGAGAGGGGUAUUGUUGAUACGCCUGGGUUGCUGGAUGGGGCGUGGGAGGUCGGGGCUGUGGUUGAUGCUUCUUGGACUGAGGAGGUUGUCGCCGAGGGGUUAGGGGUGGGUGCGGAGGAAGAGUUGUUGGGGUAUGUGAGGGAGAUUCGGGAGGCGGUGGAGGAGGUGAAGGGGAGUGGUGGGAGGGUUGAGACGAUGGAUGCUGUUUGGGUUGUUCUGGAGCGUUGA